AUGAGUGGCCGCGUGCCGCUGGCGGAGAAGGCCCUGUCUGAGAGCUAUGCCCGGCUCCGGUACCGAGAUACCUCCUUGCUCAUCUGGCAGCAGCAGCAGCAGAAACUGGAAUCCGUGCCCCCCGGGACAUACCUGAGCAGGAGCCGAAGCAUGUGGUACUCCCAGUACGGAAACGAGGCCAUCCUGGUCCGGGACAGGAACAAGCUUGAGGUCUCCCGGGACACGGGCCAGUCCAAGUUUUGUACGGUCAUGUAA